AUGGAGAAAAAGCUUUAUUGCAUUUUGCCUUAUGCAUUCCUAAUCACCGUAACCUUCCCAGUGCUUUCUUCAGAAGCCAAACAACCUAUGAGUCUUGCAACUGAUCAAACUGCCCUUCUUUCACUCGAACAUAGAUCUCUUUUACUUGCAACUAAUUGGACCAAUUCGAGCUCCGUCUGCAGCUGGAUUGGCGUCACUUGCAGCUUGCGCCACCCAAGAGUAGCUGCCUUGAAUCUCUCCAACAUGGCUCUCUCCGCCACCAUUCCACCACAGUUCGGACGCCUCUCCUUCCUCGUCUCCCUCGACCUCUCCAACAACCUUUUCUAUGGAGAUUUCCCACACCAACUGUCUCUCCUUCGCCGUUUGAAGUUCAUAUCUUUCCGACUCAACAACUUCACUGGAGACAUCCCUCCGAUGUUCGGUCAGUUACCAAAAUUAGAGUAUUUGUCUUUAAGCAACAACAGCUUCAUAGGUUCCAUCCCAAAAUUGCUCUCAAACCUCACAAACCUACAAUUUCUUGAGUUAUCUUUCAAUUCUCUAAGUGGAGAAAUUCCAAAAGAGUUUGGGAGACUUCAAAGUCUACAAACUCUAUCUGUUCGAUUCAAUCGUCUAUCCGGUGCUAUACCAUCAGCCAUAUUCAACAUCUCGACCCUUGUAGUUAUAGCAUUGAGAAACAAUGAACUGAGUGGAAGUCUUCCAACAGACAUGUGCCGUAAUCUUCCAACUCUUACUGUGCUAAGUCUUUCUAAAAAUCAGCUGAGUGGCGCGAUUCCCUCAAAUCUAUCCCGAUGUUCAGGGCUUGAUGUGUUGGGCCUCUCUUACAACUCUUUUAGUGGGGAGAUUCCUUCAGAAAUCGGCUACUUAACAUCUCUUCAGUUGUUAGCUCUUGGUGGUAACAAUUUGAAUGGAAUACUACCGCAUGAGAUUGGCCAUAUUCAGAGUCUUGUUACUUUUGGUGCUGAACAGAAUGAGAUUGCGGGCUCAAUUGAUUUCAAUAUUUUCAUGAAUAUGUCUUCUUUGCAAACCUUAGCACUAUGGCGUAACAAAUUCACGGGGAACCUUUCAAGGGAUGUCGGGAAUAUUACCAUGCUAACAUUGUUAGAGCUCCAGGAAAACCAUUUUACAGGGCUUAUUCCCACUGAAUUUGUCCAACUUUACCAUUUGGAGACAUUACGAUUAUACUCCAACAGCUUGAGUGGUUCGAUUCCACAUGAGCUCUUUAACAUUUCAACACUUCGAAUUCUUUCACUUGGCGGCAAUGCUCUGUCAGGGGUUCUUCCAACCCAUUUAUGCCAUGCCUCUCUCUCUCUCGAAGAACUUUAUCUUGGCAUAAAUUCUAUUAGUGGAGCAAUACCCAACUCCAUCUGUAACUGUUCUCAACUCACAAUUCUCUCACUUCCCCGAAACAAAUUCAGUGGUUAUAUACCUACUCAUCUCGGCAACCUAAGACUUCUUCAAAGACUUGAACUGUUCAGAAACAAUCUUACCCAGGCACCAUCUUCUUCCUUCAUUACUUCAUUGACAAAUUGCAGGUGUCUAACUGAUUUGGUAUUUGAUAAUAAUCCUCUAAAUGGUGUCAUUCCAGCUUCUGUCGGGAAUUUAUCUUCCUCGCUUUCAAUAUUCACCGCCAGCAACUCCAAAUUCAGUGGCAGCAUUCCUGUUGAAAUAGGCAAUCUAAGCAAUAUGAUGGUAUUAGAUUUAUCUGGGAAUGAGUUAUUGUUAGAACCGGUCAUUGAAGAAAAUCAGCUGCAAAAACGAAGUUGUCAUGCAGAAGUCGUACUGGCGUGCUUCUGCUUCCAGCUUCUGCUGCUGCUGCUGAUGUCAACUGUUGCUGUUGCUGGUGCUGGGCUUGGGAAUUAA